UUUUUUGUUUAUUUUCAUUACCAUGAUGAUUACAGAAAUAUUACAGAGUAGUUGUUUCAGUGCAGUAAAAAUGGACAAUAUUGACUAUUGUCAUCAAGAGUAAAAGUUUAAAGCUUUUUAUGUGGUCCGUAAAUUUACCAGCACUGUAAACUAAUUGUACAUUACAUCAUUACCGGUCAACAACACGCUCAAUGUCAUUCUUUCAAGGUUAACUACUGACCUUCACUGAGCUGAGGACAUUUAAUACGCACAUGUGUUUUAGUCGCAUGUUUGUAAAGUUCUGCCUAUUAAACUACACAAUCACGAGUUUGUUCGUGUUUGCCGUUCCUCUGGAGUGUGAUUUUAAUUAAGUGAUCUCUUAUUCAACUGUACUAUAGGAGUCAAACCAUGCCUCAGACACCCUGCACACUACCGGAAGUGCGUCACACUGCCAUGUGACUGCUCCACUUCAGGGGGCGGAAACUUGCCUCUGUUCACUCGGUGACAGCAACGCCUUCCCUCGCCGGUAUUUAUCAACGGAACCGACUGCGGCGUCGCUCAGCUACUCCGAUAACCUCAGCUCAACCAUGAAAAUCUGGACUUCAGAACACAUAUUCCAUCAUCCUUGGGAGACGGUGACCAAGGCUGCCAUGCAGAAGUACCCGAACCCUAUGAACCCUAGUGUGAUCGGAGUGGAUGUCUUGGACAGAGGCGUGGACAAACAGGGACGCCUCCACAGUAAAAGACUGCUCAGUACAGAGUGGGGCCUUCCAUCUAUAGUGAAAUCUAUCAUUGGCAAUUCACGAACGUACACAUAUGUUCAGGAGCACUCGGUGGUGGAUCCUAAAGAGAAAACCUUUGAACUUCAGUCCACAAAUAUCACUUUUACAAAUAUGGUUUCUGUGGAUGAGAAGUUAACAUACAAACCACACCCUCAGGAUCCAGAGAAAACAAUACUGACUCAGGAGGCGAUCAUCUCUGUGAAAGGAGUCAGUCUCAGCAGUUAUCUGGAGGGAGUUAUGGCCAGCAGCAUCUCUUCUAAUGCUGGCAAGGGCCGUGAAGCCAUGGAGUGGGUAAUCAGGCGACUGAAUGCUGAAAUUGAGGAGUUGGCGGCCACAGCACGUGGGACCAUACGUACUCCAAUGGCUGCUGCAGUCACAGAGAAAUGACACCUACCUUUCUGUGCAAAUGAAGUCUGAGAGGAACUUCGCACCAGUGCAACCAGCUUCCCUUUGUGAUGCUCAGCUGCUGUUUUGGUGCUCUGCAUCUUAGUGUUAUUUAAUUCCUUUUUUUGAUAUAUUACUUACCAGCUUGUGCAUCAUAAAGGGAUUCUGGUCAGGCUUUUUCAAGAUAUGCUGUCUGGCAGGACCACAAUGGUGAGAGGCACAUGGAGAGGACAUGUGGGUGGUGGACUCAGUGACAUUUUUAUCUGUGUUGGAAAAGCAUAACAUGGACAGAGAUGCAUCAGAGGUUUCGGAUGAACUGAAAACAUCAAGUGCCAAAGAAGACGGGCCAGUUUUUUGUCCAGCCUCUGACAAAAACAAAACCUUUCUGGCUGCCAUAACACCUUAUAUUGCCAGGAAGUCGUGCCAGUGGCAUGAACUCUUGAGUUUACAAUCACAGAGUCAAGAGAGAAAAAAAAAAGAAUGGUGGCGCCAUGAACAGCACAGACGUGAUGCAGAGGAAUUCACCUGUUAAGAUUUGGUGGUAGAAGACAAUGCUGUGUCGUGACGGGUUACAAGUGCACUGCGAGUCAAGGGUACAUGGAAAUGGUUUCAGGUUUCGGUAAACAGUUGGUUACACACUGAGGUGGUAAUGAGACUUUUAAAAGUCAAGUUUGUUUGUUACCAUCUCCUUAACGAUGUUUUCUUGCAGGACCUGAGUAAUAACAAGACACUGUACAUGCCAAUAUUUAGAUACAAACCUGAAUAUAAACUAUAUUUGUUAUUAUGUAAUAACUUAUAUUGUUGUUAAGGUAUCAAGGUAUAUGCCAUAUUUAUAUUUUAUGUCUCUUAGAUCGUGUUAUGUACACAGGCACUACAGUAAAAAACGUGUUUUAUUGAACAACAUGAAAUUUGUUACUUCGAUGUAACUGAGUGCUUUCAGUGAAAAAGCUGAGACAUUUGCAGUAGCUCUUAUUUGCACUCACAAAUCAACUUAUUUUAACAAAGAAAAGCUGCUAUACCUGGUUAUUUAGGUGUUUGGUAUAUUUUAAGAAAGGAAAGUUUGGUCAGUCUGUUUUGUGGUGAAGGAGAAAACUUCAUGUUCAGUACAUGAUUAAUAACCUGUGACAGAAAUAUAUAUAUCCAGACCACAGAGAAAUGUGAUAUCACACACUUGUUACCUCUGAAAAAGAAAUGUUCUCACUUCUCUAGAAUGUGGCAAUUAAUUAAAAAACAGUAUUUAACAUGG